CAAGGACAAGCAAUGAACGGGCUAACCUGGACCAAGUAUUUUAGUCUACGCCCAAGAUCAGGACAAGGGUCCAACACACCACCAACCAAGCAAAGACAUGAGAAACAAGCCGUUCCGGGAGCUUUGGGUGCCAUCAGAGAAGUGGUGGUGGGCAUGAAAGCAUGGCACAUGGCCGUAGCUCAAUCUGCAAGGGUGUGGGGCUUGCAUCAACGUUUCGUUUCUUUUCUCGACGAGGAUAAGCUCGAGUCCUCGAGAUGAGUCGUCAUUGUCCGACCGGGACAGCAAAAGGGUGACAGCCGGCAUGGAAUAGCACGCAUCAACUUAUGCUAUCAUGUACUUGAUGUAUGUAUGUAUGGCUGACUCGACCAAUUCCAAGGCACGGCGGACCGGGCGGUUAAACAAGGUUGGCUGUGUAUAAGAUCAUGACACGCAUGCGCACGAGAUCAUGCAAACGGGAACUUCGGUUCCAUCUGUCUUAGGCGUACUUGCAUCGAGGUACAUAAACUGGUGAUAGCUACCAUGGUAGAGAUUGCAAUGUCUUUGCCGGGACUAAUUCGAAGGUAUUUCUGCUUCCAAAUUCUUAUUCUUCUACAAGAUGAAGCCUAAUAUAGAAAACUGCGGUUCAGACCUAAAGCAUCCGUAGGAUAUAUGCACCUUCUCUGAGAUCGAUACUAUUAUCAGGGAUAUACGAAGGAUAUCGGUGUUUCGGGGGUCGCCAAUAUGCGAGUGGAAUGAUCAUGUCAAGAUGAGGAGGAAUUAACGCAAAGGACGCCAAAUCAUCUGACUGAAAACGGCAGCGCUGUUCAAGACAUAUACAGGACGGGCACCGUUGUGGCCAAUGCAUGGAACAGAAGCUUGUGAACAGCACAUGAUCGUUCGUAGCGGGAAACGACCGUUUGAGGUUGAUCAGAUCGACCUCCAAAACGUCAAAACGGGUUCUACAAGAGCCCACUCACAUGAAAUCACGAGUCGAAUCACGAAUCACGACAACCACAGAAUAAAAAUGUGGAUUGCACAACAAAAAGGGCCGCUAGGAUCAGUUAAAUUGCACAGUUGCAUAAAACCUCAAACAAGAUCAUCUCGUGGAACUGCUUUGCCAGCUUAUUAUUUGGCAAAAUGCGAAAAUGUGCGAGUAGUCGUUCUCAAUCACGUACAAGUAAGACCGGUCAAGCGUUCUUUUGUUGAUAACGGUACAGCCACGGAAAAUUAUUAUCAUUCAUUCCUCAUAGUGAAUAAGUCAUGAUCCUCAAAUAGGAGAGAGUCUAGCCACGCUGUAAAUGACGGGGCCAGCGUAAAUGGCCACUGAUCAAGCGUGAAACGAAACAGGGUCCCUUCAACAGACUCAGGUCUACGGAGUACAGUGAAGAAGGGAUCAGCUUCGCUCAUCAGGGAUGCCACCCCAAAACUCUCAACAUCGAAUGUCGGUGUGCCCUGGAUAAAAUUUUAUCACAGUGGGCACUGGAUCAAAACGAACUCUCUGCUUCGGGCUCUGUUCCGGGGUUCCAAGGCGCGAUGCAACACUGCUUGCUAUUGAAGAAAUAAACCGUCUUGAACGUUGGCGAUCGAGUUCAACAGAAAUCAUCCGUAACCUUUUACGUCCCAAUACUUGCCAGACACAAAGAGGCUGCAGGGUUGGUCCCACAACCCGAAAUCCUGCAUGUGGAGAGCUGUGGUUGAAUAUGGGUGCUGAUGGGCAUGUGGACCUAGAUUGCAUUGUCAACCGGCCACGGACCAUCAUCAUGUAUGUAUGUAUGGUGAUCAUGGGUGUGCACCAGAAGUAUCAAGGUAUCCUGUCCUCGGUGUGAGGAAAAACAGCGGAAUGGCUUACACCAAAAAUCGCUGAUCUCCCACCAAAGCCCGUCCGCUGUAUUUCCUCACCCCCUAGCCUGUUAGCCUGCUCUUCUUCUUGUAAGGUUAUUGGUGUGCGAAUCUCCGAAACGAGGUGGUUGUAGAUUAGAGCCAAGUCGACACGGUGAGAAGGAUCAUGGAAGAUCAUAUCAGUUAAAAUUAUAACGCCUCGGGAGCCAGCUCAGACGAAAAGAAGGAGCCCCAAACGGAACCAUAGUUUGAGGCCCUUAAAGCACGUGAACUUCAAUUUGAUGGCAUUCUCAUGGCUCCUGUCUAACAAAGCCACCGUCAGCCGGUUUAAGUUAGCAGACGUGGAAUAUGAUUGGAACACAUUCUUCUGGCACAUCCAGAGAUUUGGUUGUACCGCUCGUGCCGCUGCCCACGAAUACUGUGCAAAGUUGUUAUUGUCUCGGCCUUCAUCCGCCUGGAUAGAUAGUAUGUGUCUUGUCAACCGAGUGCCUAACUUUCAGUAGUAAAAGUAGUCUCGGAAUGCUUGAGUCAAGGGAAUGAAGGAAUGAACAUCC